AUGAUGGACUUACAUGUAUGGGGCAAAUCCAGUAUUUCAGUCAUCGACCCGGAAUCCAGAGCGGCAGCUUGGCUCUUGUGUCUUCAUUUGACUCCUCAAAAUGUCAAUUUCCGGAUUGUUCCGUCUUCAAACACAAAUUUAGCUGAUUCAAACCAACUACCCUUGUUGGUGGUUGACAACAGCGGAAAAAAUUCAAAGUACGAGGGUUACGCCGAAAUUGCCAGGUAUAUCUGCGAUACCUACCCAUCCGAGACAAAGUUCAUUCCUGAUGGUAAACUUAACUCGUUCGAGCUGAUGGUGAACCUCACUUUCACGACAUACCUUUCAAGAACCCUUCACUACGUGAAUCAAUAUAAUCUAUACGUGAACUCCCAAAACUACGAGCUUUACACGAGAAAACUCUUCCUGAAUUACUUGCCUUUUCCUAUGAUGUAUAACCAGCCGCUCAAGUUUCACGAAAAUGCCUGCGAGCAGGUUCAGGUUGUUGGCCUAGGAGUGAAUAAGACUCUGCUCUUUAGUUUUACAGCAGAAAAACAAGUAGCGGAAACAGAGUUGAUUCAUGAUGAUAGCGGGAGUGAGGAUGAAGACGGUGUAGUCAUAAGUGCAUUACACGAGAAAUCCAUCCUCUCCAAAGAAAAAAGCAAGGCUCUGUUGAGAGAAACCAAGAACUCUCUUCGAUGCUUGAAUCUCGUUCACCAAUAUAUGACCCAUGCCAUCGGUGUGUUCAAAGAGCUUCACCCCGAGUCUCCAGUUGAAUUUGCUCAUUUUUUCCGCCCCAAAAAGAUCAGUUCUUGCGAGCUACUUCUUUACUCCUACUUCUACUCUUUGGUCAGUGUGGCUCUCCCAGAUAGAUUCAUAGCGCAUUAUUUGGAAAAGAAGUUUCCCACUUUUUGGAGCUUUGCCACAACUAUAACCGAAGCAUUGAAUCUGACUUUGGACAAGAGCAAGUUCCGUGCUGCUAAAGGUAGCGAGAUCCCCAGCUUGUGGAAUGAAGUGAACUACGUUUUGGGCCUACAAACAAUUUGA